AGACGACUGUGAACGGCCGGCCCCGACCAGACGACUGUGAACGGCCGGCCCCGACCAGACGACUGUGAACGGCCGGCCCCGACCAGACGACUGUGAACGGCCGGCCCCGACCAGACGACUGUGAACGGCCGGCCCCGACCAGACGACUGUGAACGGCCGGCCCCGACCAGACGACUGUGAACGGCCGGCCCCGACCAGACGACUGUGAACGGCCGGCCCCGACCAGACGACUGUGAACGGCCGGCCCCGACCAGACGACUGUGAACGGCCGGCCCCGACCAGACGACUGUGAACGGCCUUAGCAGCUGUCUUGCCCUCUGUCUGUUUACACUAGCAGGGCCUCAGUUGCAAAUAUUGAGGUUAUGUUUUUCCCACUUGCUGUAUAUGAAACCACAAAUAUUAGUUGGUUUACACACCCAGUCUUCCCAAGUCUUGAAGGCUGUGUCAGUAGUUUUGUCAUUUCUGAUAAUUUAAGGACCUACAUUUAGCUGGGGCAAAAACAACAUUAAAUCCGGUUCAGCUAAUCAAUUCUCUUUGCAUCUCAAAUUGCUGACCGUUGAGCUCAGUUGUACUUUUAUGCACCAUUAUUGAGUUAGUUAGGCCUACUAUGUCUUUCCAGGAGGGGAAUUUCUUUCAGCAAUGAGCUAUGAUGUUGCCCUCAACCUUUCUUCAAGCAUUUCUUGGAAUAAUUGUCAUGGAAUUUUUUCCCCCCCAAAAAGUUUCUGAAGACCUGAUUUCAUAAAGUCUUUGUGUUCCGUGGACACCAGUACCCCAUGAGUUGACGACACCUGGUCCCUUAUCCACUGAAGCUUCUCAGAGUAGGAGUGCAGAUCUAGGGUCUGACCACACAAUCUUACUCAUUAUGAACUAAAAAGGCAAAACGGGAUCCUAGAACAGCACUCCUACUCAGAGAAGCUUUUAUGGAUACAUACGGGUCCUGAUUUAGGAUCCAUUUUAGCCUUUUUGUUUUAAUGAUUAUAAUUAUAUGGAUGAGGGGGGAGACCUGAUCCUGGAUCAGUAAUCUUGCUUUGUGAAUAUGUCCCUGAAGUCGUUUCAAGGCUUGCUCUGAUUAAGCAGCAUGAUCAUUACACAGGUGCACCUUGUGCUGGGGGUAAUAUUAGACCACUAAAAUGUGCAGUUUUUUCACACAACGCCACGAAUGUCUCAAGUUGAGGGAGCAUGACUAAAGGAAUGUCCAGGCUCUUACCAACCGAGUCACACAGGACCAUAUUAUAGUGAUUAGGAAGCAGGGUACUGUGGUGUAAUGAUUCAUGUUCUACCUCUCUUCUCUUUUCCCAUCUCUUCGCAGGUGGGCUUGAACCAGCAGCUGGCCUGAACCUGUUAACUGGCAACCAGGAGCAGGGACACCAAUCCAGCCUCCUGAUUGGCUGUGACAAAUAGGCUGUGGGGAGGAGGGGGAAACUAACAAUCAACUGAUUUUGAUUUGCUCCCUUUUUUUUUUUUUUUUUUUUGAGGACUCAGCAGGAGGACUCAGCAGGAGGACUCAGCAGGAGGACUCAGCAGGAGGACUUUGGCUCUGUGUUCUAACUUCCCAGACGAGCAUGGGGCAGAGCAUCCCUGGAGGCAUAAAGACUAUUGACAUGAGAGACCCGGCGUUCAGGCCUCUGAAGCUGGAGUUGGCAGCCCUGGACCACGCCAAGCCCUCCAGGCUGGAUCUGCUGCUGGACAUGCCCCCUGCUGGACAGGAGGUCCAGAUGCAGCACUCGUGGAACAACAACGACCGAUCGCUCAACAUCUUCGUCAAGGACGACAACAAACUGGUCUUUCAUCGGCACCCCGUGGCUCAGAGCACGGACGCCAUCCGGGCCUGUAUCGGCUACACCCGGGGGCUCCACGUCUGGGAGAUCAGCUGGGCCAUGAGACAGCGGGGAACGCACGCCAUUGUCGGCGUGGCGACAGGAGACGCGCCGUUACAUUCUGUAGGCUACACGACCCUGGUGGGUAAUAACCAUGAGUCCUGGGGCUGGGACCUGGGACGUAAUAAACUGCACCACGAUGGGAAGAACCAGCCCAGUAAGACGUACCCAGCGUUCCUGGAACCAGAUGACACGUUUCUAGUCCCCGACUCAUUCCUGGUAGUGUUGGACAUGGACGAGGGGACUCUGAGCUAUAUAGUGGACGGACAAUACCUUGGGGUGGCUUUCAGAGGACUCAAGGGGAGGAAACUGUACCCUGUCGUCAGUGCUGUGUGGGGGCACUGUGAAAUACGAAUCCGCUACAUCAAUGGACUAGAUCCUGAGCCUCUCCCUCUGCUGGAGCUGUGUCGGCGCUCUGUGAGGGUAGCUUUAGGCAGAGAACGACUAAGUGAGAUCCAUGGUCUGCCUCUACCGGCCUCUCUCAAGAAUUACCUUCUCUACCAAUGACCUCGGGACCCUCAGCACAACAGAACAUGCCUCCGAUCCGUCGGCUGCCCCUGCCGGCCUCAAUAAAGAACUACCAAGGGGCUGCCCUGUGCCCUCUCAUAAUAUACACUGAGUGUCACUGUCAGCCUCUGUCCAUAGGGCUGUCCCUAAUCAACUACUACCAAUUACAACUCAAGGGACGGUCCUGUCCCCUCACUAGGGACUGCCUUGUCCCUUCACAACCCUCAUGUUGUACACUGAGCACAGGCUCAGAACCACAGCCCACCUCUACUGGCCUCGAUCAAGAACUACCAAUGACCAAUGGAGGGACUGGGUCUGGGACUCACUCACAACAUCUCUCUCCCCUGACUGCCCCGUCUGUGCCCACCAAUAGAUACACAGAGCACGCCUCACCCUCGCUCACCGUCUUUGGGAUUGUUCCCACUGAGGGUAAACGAACCAGUUUAACAACCCAACAUAACUCCAGCUUCUGUGUUUCAUCUCCAUGACUACUCCUCUCAACCCAGCCCUCAGGGCUCAUUUCUACUAAUCACAUUACACCACAGAGUGAGAAGAACACUGAUGCUUGGCGUGUUCAAGAAGCUAUAGAGACAGUGGUUGGUGUUGGGUCAGUUUUUAAUAUAUAUAUUUUAUUUUUUAAAUAAUCGGCGCAUACAAUGAACACCCGCCAACUGCGGGAAGAUUUCGGUUUUGGCUCCACAGUGCCAGCGUUACAUUCACCAAUAAAAUAAAUAGUCUGAAGAAGAAUUCUGCAGUAGCUGUUCAAAGUAUUUCUGUUUUGUUUUGUAGCUGCUAAUUACACUAAUCCUAUAUCCCACCUGGUGCAGCAACACAGCCUGACAGGGGAGCUGAGCUGACAUUCUAUAUCCCACCUGGAGCAGCAACACAGCCUGACAGGGGAGCUGAGCUGACAUCCUAUAUCCCACCUGGUGCAGCAACACAGCCUGACAGGGGAGCUGAGCUGACAUUCUAUAUCCCACCUGGUGCAGCAACACAGCCUGACAGGGGAGCUGAGCUCACAUUCUAUAUCCCAC